CGUUUCGAGUCCUUGUAUUUUGCUAACCGCUAUUGCCGGGUAUACACACCCUUUGGUAUUCGGGAUUGCGUUUCCUCCCGUGCGGCCGCACCUUGCAACUCUUAUCGCAAAAGCAAAACAAUUUGCAAGCGCCCGAAUGCGCUUUAUGCUGCUAAUCCACGCCUCCGCCGCGCCGACAAGGCGCUUGCGCUCGCGAUGGCUAACGGCAGCCAUAUCGUUACCCCCAUGCGCCCUGCCCGCCCCGGUGCUUCCGGUCCUAGCACUGUUGCCAAGUUCUGGGGCGAUGAGGCACCUGAGAAUAUGGAUUGCUGGGCGGCCCAGUGCGAGUUCCGGAACGCCGCCGUUUUGUAG